GGUAUUGACAUCCGUCUCACACAGUCUUAACGUCUGUCAAACCGGACUUCGUCGGACUUUGUUGCAGCUUUCAAUUCAUCCCUCUGGCCGGUGUUGGUGUUCUGUCAGGGGGCUGUUGUCUUACAUGAGGAGAGGGCUGGUUGAGGAGCUCCGCAGCCGGACUGGAGAGAUGACGGCUGGGCUUCUGUUAGUGUUUGUCGGGGGGGUGCUGGAGGUCUGCAGCGGCGUCUCAGCGAACAGAGGGGGAUACCCCUCCUUUACAGACGAAGUCCCUUUCAAAAUCACCUGGCCAGACGCUGAGUUUACGCUGCCAACUUCAGGUGCACUUUACAACGAGGAUGACUUUGUCAUCAUGACAACAACAGAAAAGGAGAAGUACAAAUGCCUCCUGCCAUCCCUGACAGCUGGAGAGGAGGAUUAUGAUAAGGAGUACGGCGGGCCCAGUCCGGGUGACCUGCUGGAGCCACUAUUCAAACGAAGCAGCUGUUCUUACAGGAUUGAGUCAUACUGGACGUAUGAAGUAUGCCAUGGAAAACAUAUAAGACAGUAUCACGAAGAGAAGGAGACUGGUCAGAAGAUCAGUGUCCAAGAGUACUUCCUGGGGAAUUUGGCACAGAAGAGUCAGUCAACAGAGACAGAUAAAGUUGAAGAGGCAGAAGAUGUCAAAUCAACAGCUGAAACAGAAGUGCCCACCAAGAACAUAGAAGGUCAGCUCACUCCCUACUUCUCGUUGGAAAUGGGAAAUGGGACUCCUUGUGUGCUGAAACAGAACCAGCCUCGCUCCACGUCCGUGUUGUAUGUCUGUCAUCCAGAGGCCAAGCAUGAGAUCUUGUCUGUCGCUGAAGUCACAACCUGUGAAUAUGAGGUUGUGGUGUUGACACCGCUGCUUUGUGCUCACCCAAAAUACAGGUUUAAGUCAUCCCCGGUGAACGCGAUCUUUUGCCAGGCUCUGGCAGGCUCGCCUCUGCGGCCUCAGCAGCUCGCCCAGUUGGACAAGGAGCAGGAGGAGCAGCUUAAACCACCCUUCAGCGCCACGUCUGAGACCAGAGAGGAGGAGGCGCCACCAGUGAGAGAGGAGGCAUUCUCCUCCACUCACAAACCCAUGACUGUUGGAGGGCAGUCCCAGGUCACUGUCGGCACCACUCACAUCUCUCGUUUGACAGAUGACCAGCUAAUCAAAGAGUUCCUCAGUGGCUCAUACUGUCUGCAUGGGGGAGUCGGGUGGUGGAAAUAUGAAUUCUGUUACGGAAAGCAUGUCCAUCAGUACCAUGAGGAUAAAGAGCAAGGAAAGAACAUUGUGGUGGUGGGGAGCUGGAACGCUGAGGAACACAUUGAUUGGGCCAAGAAAAACGUUGCCAGAUCAUACCAGCUCAAAGACGAUGGCGUGCAGAAAGUCAAGUUGGUUUCCCACUUUUAUGGCCACGGGGAUGUUUGUGAUCUGACAGGGAAGCCCAGACAGGUCAUUGUCAAGCUCAAAUGUAAAGAGUCUGAAUCUCCCCAUGCUGUCACUGUCUAUAUGCUGGAGCCUCAGACUUGUCAGUACAUCCUUGGGGUUGAGUCUCCAGUCAUAUGCAGGAUUCUUGACACUGCUGAUGAACAUGGACUUCUGUCACUCUCCAGCUAAACUGACAGAGAUCAUGUGACAGCAACGGCGCAUGAAGGACAAGGAGAGGAUAGACAGAGAGAGGUGCACUGAAGAAGAAGGGAGAGGACACUUAUGAUAAAGCAGAAACCUGUUUGUUGAAGGAAGAGAGAUGCCCAUGACACUGCGCUAGAAGCCAAAGUCAAGGUUAAACAGAGGUUAAACUUGAUCCUGAGGCUGGACUUCAUGUGGCUCAGGAGCACAGUCUCAGCUCAAUGCCCUGAUCUGUGCAAUGGACGACUCUACAUCACAGCCUAAUCCAGCAGGCUAACUCAGACUUAGUGAAAACAAAGUGAAAUGGGGCUGACGCCGCACUCCACAAGGCAGUGGGUUUAUUGCCUGUACAGAAUAUCCAUGCUUCACUUUGUGUUGAUUAAUUUCAAGUAAAUGAGAGACAUAUCAGGGGAUUCGUAAUUAUCAGGGGAAUCAACAAUAUUCAUGGUGGUUUUAUUGUCUUUAAGGUUGGUAAUUGUGUGUGUGUGUGUGUGUGUGAGUGUGUGAGAGAAUGUGAGUGAGAGAUAUAUGAAAUGGUUAGCUGUUUGAUUGUGGCACUUUGUAUUUGUAGAUAUGAAAAGAAGCAAGUCUGAAAAUGUUUUUUUGCAUCAGCGUGAAUGUGUGCUGUGUUCAUUUACAGGAUGAGUGAGUGUAACUUAUGCAUUGGAAGGUGCCGUGGAAUAGCAAGAAAAGUGAUUGACUUCGUAGGAUGUACAGAAUGUCUGUGGGCUCCUAUCAGAGGUAUUCUGUGGUUAUAUGAAAAAGCGCACUGGGAUCCUGAUUACUGCUGUAUCACGGAGAUAAAAACCAAUGCAUUUACAGGAAAGAAUAAAACUAAAACAUGAAACCUAA